ACAACACUAAUAGCUGCUGUAGUAUCAACUGUGGUUGCAGUUAUUAUCGCUUCUGUUGUUAUCUUUCUAGUCCUAAAAUGUAGAAGGCGGCAGAAAUCAACGGAAUCUGGCCAUAUACCACUAAAUGAUAAAACUGAUGUAUCAAGACCUUCAGAAAAAACAGUUAAUGUGGGAGAGAACCCUGCAGAGAGUGGUAAUACAUAUGUUAAUCAUGUAGGCUCUUCCAACAAACUAAAAGUCGGUGAACAAUCAACACAAGUUUAUGUAAACGUUGAUGGACCAAGUGAAUCGUCUAAACGUGUUAAAUUGACCAAUCUGCUACAAUAUAUCAAAUGCAGAAAAAAAGAAAAAACCUUCAAAACUGAAUAUCAGACUCUUCCAAGCGGACUAUGUUCAGCAUAUGAUUAUUGUAUGAAUGCUGUUAAUAAGCCGAAAAAUAGAUAUAAGAAUAUAUGUGCCUUUGAUCAUUCACGAGUUAAACUGGAUAUAGAAAACGAUGACCCCAAUUCUGAUUACAUCAAUGCGUGCUAUAUAACUGGAUAUGCAAAUGCUGAAAACAAAUAUAUCGCGUCACAAGGUCCGAUUGAUGUUAUUAUUAAAGAUUUUUUACGAUUAUUGUGGGUUUCACAGACCGGGAAGAUUGUUAUGUUGACCAACCUGGUUGAAUUGGGAACUGAAAAAUGUUUCAAGUACUGGCCGGACAGUGGCGAGGAAAUGAAGUUUGGUCAAAUUUCGAUGACAUUGGUCAAUGAAGAGAACUUUUCUCACUUCACAAUUCGAACUCUCAAAAUCUCAAAAGAUGAAUGUGGAUCUAGAACCAUUAAACAAUAUCAUUUUACAUCAUGGCCUGAUAAAGGUGUUCCUUCUGAUAUUGCAUCAUUGCUUGAAUUCAGAAGUAGGGUGAUUAAAGCUGUAUCGCCACAUCCUGGACCAAUGGUGGUACACUGCAGUGCUGGUAUUGGACGGACGGGAACUUUUAUAGGUUUAGAUUAUCUGAUAGAAGAAGCUAGAGCAGAAGGUUCUGUAGAUAUCUAUGAAUGUGUUAAACAGAUGAGAUAUGAACGAGUUAACAUGGUCCAGGCAUGGGUAUGUUUAUUUAAUGUAUGCCUUAAUAUCUUAUAG